AUAAUAGUCAUAUGUGUUUUUUCUCUUUUUUUUUUGUCACAGGAGGUGGAUGUGGAUGACAGAUUUGGAGAUUUAGAUCUCAGAAAUGAUUCAGAUAUUCCUGAAGUUCCCCCAUCAACAGACAGCACUCCAGAAAUACUCAAAAGAGCUCUUUCUGGCGUAUCUGCAAGAUGGAAAAACUGGUGGAUUCGUGGAAUCUUAACUCUACUUAUGAUUUUGUUGUUUUUCCUCAUCAUAUACCUGGGAUCUUUCAUGCUGAUGCUUCUUGUCUUGAGCAUCCAAGUAAAGUGUUUCCAUGAAAUCAUUACAAUAGGCUACAGAGUCUAUCAUUCCUAUGAUUUACCAUGGUUUAGAACCCUAAGCUGGUACUUUUUGCUGUGUGUAAACUACUUUUUCUAUGGAGAGACAGUGGCAGAUUACUUUGCUACAUUUGUUCAAAGAAGAGAGCAACUUCAGUUUCUAAUUCGCUACCACAGGUUUAUAUCUUUUGCCCUCUACUUGACAGGUUUCUGCAUGUUUGUACUGAGUUUAGUGAAGAGACAAUAUCGUCUACAGUUUUACAUGUUCGCAUGGACUCAUGUCACUUUGCUGAUCACUGUAACUCAAUCUCAUCUUGUCAUCCAAAAUCUGUUUGAAGGCAUGAUCUGGUUUCUGGUACCAAUCUCAAGUGUUAUCUGCAAUGAUAUUACUGCUUACAUUUUCGGCUUCUUCUUUGGGAGAACUCCAUUAAUUAAGUUGUCUCCUAAAAAGACCUGGGAAGGGUUCAUUGGAGGUUUCUUCUCUACUGUUGUGUUUGGAUUUAUAUUUUCCUAUCUUUUGGCUCAACAUGAGUAUUUUGUAUGUCCAGUGGAAUACAACAGUGAAACAAACAGAUUUGUUACAGAGUGUGAACCUUCAGAACUCUUCCAGCUACAGAAAUACUCUGUGCCACCACUGCUGAAGACUGUGUUGAGAUGGGAAACAGUGAACAUGUACCCAUUUCAAAUGCACAGCAUUGCUUUGUCAACAUUUGCUUCCUUAAUUGGGCCAUUUGGAGGCUUUUUUGCUAGUGGAUUCAAAAGAGCUUUCAAAAUCAAGGAUUUUGCAGACACUAUUCCUGGCCAUGGUGGAAUAAUGGAUCGUUUUGAUUGUCAGUAUUUGAUGGCUACUUUUGUUCAUGUGUAUAUCACCAGUUUCAUAAGGGGCCCAAAUCCUAGCAAAUUGUUGAAACAGCUAUUGGUACUUCAGCCAGAACAACAACUAAAUGUAUAUAAAACCCUGAAAUCUCAUCUCGUAGAAAAAGGGAUCCUUCAACCAUCAACGAAGGGAUAGUGAGACGGAAUGGAGGACUACAGGAAAAUGGCUAGAAAGGCCCUCAUGGGAAUACAGGUGUUCACAUUGAUAGUGGCUGAACAUGUAGUCUUGAAGACAUGAAUGUUUUUUUCCCCCUGAAAUUACUGUGAAUAUUUAGUAAGACAUUUAAAAUUUGUUACCUAUUCUAUGACAGUGACAUUGCUUGCAAAAUAACUAAACAUUUAAUGAGCAUUUUAGUUUCUGAAGUUGACUGUACUCAUACCAUCAGGUAUAUACAUAGAUAAAUGCCCUCUUUCAGCAUCUAGCCAGAUGGGCUCAAUAGUUUUAAAAAUAAUUUGCAUUCUAAAUUACAGUAACUAAUAUGAAGAGAUGUUAAGGCUCUACUGGAACUGUGCAAUUUACAAAGCAAAUGUUAAUGUAAUUUAUCAGUACUGGGCUUGCUUUUAAUGCAAGUUUUAUGGUACUGUGUAGCUUAGCAAUAGUUGGCAUAUUUUUAUGUGAAAUGGUUAUUGAGGGAUAAUUGGGAUGAGAUGCUAUUUUAUCCAUUGAGCUACUGAGUGUAUUGUUUUCAAGAAAAAAAAAAUCUCCUGGAUACUGGUGAGGAAACUGAGGCUGUCACCAAGACUUAGUCUACAUUACAAAGUUCUGCUGGUGGGGCUGUUGUCAACUAAGAAUGCAAAGAGAUCAUGUCCCUGCCUGACACCGCCAUGCCAACAACCCCUGGUAUGGACACAGUUUUGCCAGUAGAAGGUGACUUUUCCUGGCUAAGCUUUUGCUAUUUAGGGAGCAGCUAUAAAUGUAGUGGGAGAAAAACUCUUUCUUCUGGGAUAUGCUGUGUGCAUGCCAGGGGCUGCUUUGGGGGCAGCUGUGGUUGCUUUCUUGCUGUAAUGAAAAUAGCAGCUUCUGCCAAAUGUAGACAAGCUCUCAAACAGUUACUGUUGGUUUUCUAACGUUGUUUAUUAAAAAUGACUAAGUUUAGCUCAGUUUUUAGUUAUAUUUCUUGAAACUUUUUUUCUAAUGAAACCAAUUCAUAUUAAUAAAAUAGACGUGCCUGGACUAUGUCACUGACUUUUGGGUACAAAACAUAGAAGCAGAUAUACAUAUAGUCAGAACUACAGUGCAGAUUAUACAAACAAUAUGGGGGUCCUGCAGCUUAGUGAUUUUACACUUCAGGCCUUAGUUCCAAGGCUGGGUCACUGUCUGGAGUGAGUUCAUGUUAACCUUACUGUUUGUGCCUCAGUUUCCUCAUCUGUAAAAUUGGUGGUAUUUCCCUCUGCUGUAAAGUGCUUUGAGAUCCUUGGAUGAAAAGUGCAAUAUCAGUACUAGUUUUUACCCUUUAUUAUUCCCUUGAAAGUAGUAACUUUUGUCUGACCAACCUAAUAGCUUGGGGUUGAGAUGGCACAUCCUUUUCCCACUGCCUCUUACCACCAGUUAAGUAACUGUUAGCAUCUCAAAUAAUGUGGGCAAAAUGUGAGGAUUCAGUUGAGAAAAAAAUACCUUACAGAAAGUUUCUGUCCUGUAGACGUAGUGAAGUAAAUGUGAGAAAGUUAACACAUGAAUAAUUCUCCAUUUUUGCUGUUUACUGAUCUCCUUUUACAUACUAUUCCUUUUAUUGUGUGGUGAUAAACUUAUUGAAACUGAAAAUAGAUAUACAUGUGUUUUGAAUAAAUGCAUAUUAUUCCUUAAUGACCAAAAGUACAUGAAUGCCAAAGUUUCUUUUGGUGUCCUGAAGACUGUAACUUGAUACAAUUUAAUUUCCUAAAAAUCUAAUGCAAAUAGGCUUUUCUUGCAUUGUGCACUGACUCUAACCCUUCACAGAUAUAAAUAAAGGUGAAAUCUACAAGUUGCUUGAUGCUACAUAAAACCAUGUAGAAAGCAAGUAGGACUGCUAAUAGGCUGUUUGCUUGUAAAAUUCAAGAGUUUUUGUUUACAUCAGAUCAGAAUCUGAGACCACUGUAUAUUCUGUUUUGGGACUCCACACUAUUAUUGUAUUAGGCCAGGAUACUGUGUAUAUAAUCUGUAUAUAGUAAAAUAGUUUAUACAUUGUUAUAAAAGGGAUAUACAGCAUAUGUUCUAAUUCUAAAAGCCUUUCCUCAUGCGUACAGUAGUGUAAGUGCACAGCUGAGGGAAUUACACUGUACUUUCUAUACCCUACUCAAAGUAUAGAACUUCUGUCAAAAGACUGUUUUAGAGAAGAAUGACAGCUUUAAAUCAUAUUACUCCAGGUCGUCUUCCACAACUGUGCUUACAGGUGUUCAGUAGAUAUAUAUACUGAAACCAGGUGUAAGUAGGACAAAAUGCAACAGAACUUGAAGUUUAAAGGGUAGCAUAGACAAAAAUAUGAGACAGAAAGUUGCUUGGAAGUAAGUCAAUUUUAUGAAAGACAGAAAUAGAGAGGAAGCGGGAGAGGAUGACCAAAAUCAUUCAUGCAGAAUAAACAU